GACGACUUUUAUUCCACGGACGAAUGAUUCUUUGAAAUAGCGGAUUCUCGACGAGGUGAAUGGUUCCAAUACAUUUCAGAUUAUUUACCUGAUAAAGAGCAAUGAAAGAAAGACCAUUUGGACUUAUUUGUAUUGCAUUAAACAUUUUUUUCUGGAAUUGUUUCUUAGCUCUCGGAGAAGAGCGAGAUGAACGAGAAAGGCAGACGUUCGUCGUUCGCUACAAAAAUGGAGAUCAAACCAUUCCGGUGACAGUAGUCCUUGAUUAUAAGAAACAGACUGAAUAUGUGAUAAACAUGAACAAUAGAUCUCCAGCAAAGUCAGUCACUUUAUAUGACUUCAAACAGAGGACCAUAGCUUACAAAGAUUUGACGAACAGAGAAUGUUUUCUUGGCAGCUUGACGCACGAAACAUUAAACGAAGAGAGUGAAGCUCUGCAGUACAUUAAGAAUCCUGUAGACGCACAACCGAUGAAAGUGCUUUCCUUAGAUCCAGGCAGGCUGGCCAUGACGCCAACAGAAAUCCGUAAUGUUGCAGGGCAAAAGACGGCCGUCUUUUGCCGAAAGAUGACGACGUGGAUGCUCAAGCCAAACAACCAAAUGCACAACAAACACAAACGUGAAGUGGGAGGAGAGGAAGAGGUGGAAGCACGUACUUAUGGUCAUCAUGGAUUCCAUACCGUCCGGUUUUCUCAUUACGGCCAUGAAACCAGGAGAAGAUACCACAAACGCACUGAAGGAGCAUCGAACCAAGAAACACGGAAUGGACAUCGAAAAACGUCUUCAGUUCGUCCGACACACAAUAGAACCUUAACUUCCUGGAAGUACCCAAUUCACCAUGGACUCAACUUACCGGACAACCAUUUAGAUAAUUCUGGAUCAUAUCCUACCUCAAAUUUCGAAACAUGGGGCAAAAGUCAAGAAAGCCGUUACCCACUUUCUACUCAUAAUGCUAUUCCAUUCGUUCAUCACCCUGAAUCGAAUGAAAAUGUGAAUAACAACAGGGAAAAUGGUCACUUUGGUGACGUUCCAUUUCAUACUACUAUUUCAGAUGAUUCUGGUCCUGUAUCUAGAACGGAGCGAGAAACUACACCAAUGGAGAUUCUGCCUCAUUAUUUCCCCCCAAAUGCAAAUUACACUCUUGAUGCAAAAUUAUUACAUCUUUACAGGCCAAAUGAGGCCGGUAUUAAGUAUGAUUCUUCGGAUUUUCAUGGAGAAAUUGAGAGUAAUGUGUUGCCACUAGACUACAGUCAGAAUUAUUACCCGUAUCACAAUAAUAGACCUAUUUCAGAUCUAGAAUCAUAUUCUUCGUCUGCUAAUGAUAAAGACUUUCUUGGGAAAGGGUUACGAAAUAAUGAUAAUUUUUAUACUACUGAUAAUCCAGUUUUCUCAAAUAGUGUUUUAGAAGUUCCAAGCACUACUGAAAAACUUGAGAACCUGCACCAGCAAGAACCUUUUGAAUUUACGUCUCACGGAAAUCAAAGCCCCAGUGUAAAUUUUUACAGAAACGAAAUUGCAAAUCCGGUUUCAAGUAGAUCCAGGUUGUUAAAUACUGAUCUAACUCAAAAAGAGGAUCAAUUUCAAGUUUCAAAGAAUUACUUUUUGAAAUCUACUGAACAGUCGAAUGAGAAAAAUCAAUUCUUAAAUAAAGAUGAUUCCAUUAUAUUUUCGAAAAAUCAUGACAGUUUUAUUAUUCCAGCUACUACCGAAAGUGCUUAUGAAGAAUAUACAGUAGAAAAUUUCGAGCUAAUAAAUAACAGAAAGCCCAAUGAAAGCGAAUAUAAACUGAGCGCAAAGAAUUUAGGUAGUUAUGAAUCACAAGAAAGUUUAUCAACCCAGAAGCCAUGGCAGAAUACUGUCCCAUUCAGAAAUUCUCUAAAUCCACAUAGAAUUGAUUUAGCGUUUGCUGAGAAAGAAAGAUUGCGUCUCCAAAAUGAACAUAUCGCUGCAAGCCGGACCUCUACCCCCACAGACAGUUUUAAUAUUCUUCCUACCACUGAGCAACCCCCACAGACAUUGACAACGUCCGAUGACAUUGCUUCACAUCAUCAGGCAAAAUUCCGUAAUGUUUUGAAAUUACUUAAGCCAGAAGAAAUAAUCAUCGAUGUUGAAAGGAUUCCAACCCAGUCUCUAUUAGAGAUCCGGGAAAGAUUCAAUCAUAAAAGAACGUCUCCUGGUACUAUGAAUAGACAUUCAGCUGUCAAAGUUUCGGAAUUGCCAUUCAGAGGAGCUCCAGCGGAAACUACUCAACCUCCUAAAUCAGCACACCUGUUCCCUGAAAUAGUUCCAUCUACUCUAUCCCCAUUUGGGCAACUGAACCACAACACACGAAGAACUCAGGAUCGCGGUGAACAAUCUUCAGGACCGAUUCGGCGCACCAGCUAUGAACGAGAUACAGUGAUUUUGGGUGGAGCAAGCAACCAUCAGAAGCGAAAGCACAAAGAAGCAGGGGUGUUACAGUCUGCGUCGAGUAAAUUCUCGCAUGGGCGUCGUAAUUCUUCUUUUCAAUAUGCUCAAUCUCAUGGACUCACACCGGGAAGGAUAUAUCCUCAUCCGAACAGAUUAGCAAGUCAGCCACGUAGGUCCUUCCCCUACCAUUCACGUUUGCAACAAGGUCAAGUACUGCCACCGGGUGUGUCAAUGCAUCCACGACAUCCUCAAGCACCGUAUGCUGACAUGGUUCCUUCAAACGUACUGCACUCAUCGCCAGAUGAACAAAGAUAUCGCCAUGUCAGACCUCAUCGUCAAAGGCACCACAGAAGGAAAGAUCGAGUUUUAAACCCUUGCUGCAAGAAGGCGGAAAAGUCACCAAAUUCACUUUCCUGCUGCCGGGGUAGAGGUUCUGCUUGCUGCUCAACUUCUCGAAGUAGAACUCAUGAAGGCAUAUCCUGUUGCUCAUCAUCAAAGAGUUUCAACAACAAACAAGCAAUCACUGCAAAUCCAAAUCGAAUACCAGCUAGAAGCAGUGGCGUUCUUGGUGAUUCUCCCAGAAACCACGUGGACAAUAGAGACCGUUGCCAAAAAGAAAAAAUGUGUAGAACUCUUUAUCAAAGCACACAGCAAGUUAUAGUAUGCAGGAACGCUGAAGUAAACGGUUGCUAAAAAUAUUUCUAUUUUGUGAUUUCUUCUGAGUUUGGAGUAUUGUACUUUUAUUGUAUUUGUUACUGUACUUUUAUACUCAUUUUAAUUUCACUUUUUAUAAAACAGUAUAACUCAAAACAAACUAUACAAACAAAAUAAUGCCAUUAAUUUCAACAACCAUUUUAGGAAAUAUACAAUUAUUUGUUUUUUUGUUAUAUCUGAUGAAUCUAACGCAUUGCAUAUUUUAUACUUUGCAUUAUCAUGUACAAUAAAUUUAACACUUAUUUGC